AUGGCCACCACCGGACAGGGAUACACCUACGGCUUGCGCGCCUACACCGGCGCACAACUCCUCGCGCGGCGAGAUCCUCCCAACCAGAACAGACCAGCCUUCAAUCUCACAUACGACUCCACCCAAAACGCCGAACUCGAAGCCUUUUGUGUCGAACAUGGCCUCGGCGGCACCCACGCCCUUCCAAUCCCUAGCCUCCUCUACGAGCUCACCAACAAUCUGCACUUCUUGCACGCGGAUGAGGACCACGCUGUCGUUCGAGAGUUGCUACGGCGCGUGGCAAAGCGAGUCGAAGGCCGCAAGGCAGUCAGGCACGAUAUACGUCGACAAGGUGGAUUCUGGGAUACUGCUGAGCAUGGUCCCGUGGCGACAUUGGUUGAGGCUGCCUUGGGAGUGUGGUGGGACGAGCAGCGCGCUGCGCAAGAGACAUACAGCAUGAAGCUUCUCGAGAAGAAAGCGAAACCGGCCAUGGUCGAGGACGAGGAUCUGGAGCAAGUACAGGGCAGUGUUCCCCAGGACGGCGGCGGCAAGGAAUCCCAGAAAAAGAAGCUCAAGAGCCAGGGCAAGGUCCAGCAGGACGACCAGCUCAAGAGCAAGAGCCAGGGCAAGGUCAAGCAGGAAGACCAGCUCAAGAGCAAGGGCAAUGGCAAGGGCAAGCAGGACGACCAGCUCACGGGCAAGGGCAAUGGCAAGGGCAAGCAGGACGACCAGCUCACGGGCAAGGGCAAGGACAAGGACAAGGUCAAGGACCAGGCAAAGCAGGAGCAAUCACAACGAUCCCCACCCCAAGAUCAUCACGCAGACCAAGCCAAGCAGGACGAGGACCGCGGACCCUAUGACGACGACGAGGAGCACCACCACCACCACCACCACCACCACGCAGAAGCCGGGCGAUCGCGCGCGCAAUUGUUGCACGACUACCAGCUUCUUCGCGUCGCAGCCGCGGAGCUCAGGGCCCGGCUGUCGGAGCUUGAGUUGUCGGAUUAA